CAAAUACCGCAGCCGAUGCAGAGCUCCUCUGAGAUCCAUGCUGUCUUUGAGUUCGGGGCCACUUCAAUGCAGAGCUUGCCUGCAGAUUACCCCAGCACGUUGAUCUGCUCACCUAUUUUCACCACAGGACAGCUCUUCUUGCACUCCUGCCUGCAUUUCUUCGGUUUGCACCUG